AGCCGGAGCCGGAGCCGGGUUGGCUGCCGAAGGCAGUGGGUCGGUUACAGUGUAACAAAGUCUUCGCUCGGUCCGAGUCUGUUGUCAUGGAGCUCAUGGCUAGCAACAUUCAGGUGCUGCUGCAAGCGGCGGAGUACCUGGAGCGCAGGGAGAGAGAAGCCGAACAUGGCUACGCUUCGCUGUCCCCUUACUCCGGGAAAGACUCGUUGCAGCCCCGGAAGAGGUCCAAGCCUCGGAAUGCCCAGCAAAACCUCAGAACUGUGCACAAUGAGCUGGAGAAGCACAGGAGGGCUCAGCUGCGUCAUUGCUUGGAUCAGCUAAAGCAACAGGUCCCCAUGAACACGGAGCGCUCUCGUUAUACAACCCUUAGUCUUUUGCACAGAGCCAGGCUGCAUAUUAAGAAGCUAGAAGAGCAGGAGCAGAGAGCACAGCAACUGAAGGAGAGGCUACGCUGUGAGCAGCAGAAUCUGCACCAGCGGCUGGAAGAGCUGCUGGCUCCUUCCAGCAUGGAGAGGCUGCGAACCGAUAGCCUGGACUCUUCUCGGUUCUCUUCCGAACGCUCCGAUUCAGAAGAUGCAGAGGUGGACGUGGAAGGUCUGGCAUUCAGCAGCGUUGAAGAGGAUGUUGUGGCUGCCUUCAGCACUGGGCAGGAACACAGUUAUUCCAGUGCCAGCAACUUUUGGUUAUGAUGGACAGAAGCCUAGUUAUAAGGGCAGCUCUCACCCAGAUGGAUUUCCAGCAGCAAAGCCAGAAUUUCAUGAAUGGAAUUUGGCUCUGAACAAGACUCUGCAUGGUGCAAAGGACAGUGCUACCCAUGUUGUACCUCUACCUUCCUGCUAGACCAAGCCGGAAUAUUUUCUAGAGACUUGGAUAAAAGACUUGGAUUACUCAAUAAUGGGACAGGGCUGAAAGAAGGGUGAGAUCCCCACAGCACUUAAUGUGUACCAGACAGCUUACGCUAUGCAUGGGGUAGCUAUAUGGUUCUCUAUCCCCCACCCACUGUGAAAGCUUGUGUGUCUCAUCUCCUAGUCAGAAAGAGGAGGUAGGCUUAGCCUGUGAAGGACUGGCAGCAAGUCUCAACAAGGGCAACAGUAGACCAUGACAUAUUGAAUCAUUCCAACUUUAUAGCAGAGAUGCACUUAGUUCCAGGACUGCAGGAUGAACAAGCCAGCAAAACCAGGUUGCUGUUAUCUCUAAUU